UAAAGAAGGGAAUGAAUACCGACAUACGUGUUUUUCUCUGUCAGUUGGGCUCGCGGCGGCGGCGGCGGCGGCGAGGAGCGAUCUUGGAUACCGAUAAGGGAAGAAAAAGAGAUGUCGGCGUACGACGAGGUGGAGAUCGAGGACAUGGAGUGGAACGAGGAGCUGCAGGCGUUCACGUACCCGUGUCCCUGCGGCGACCUGUUCCAGAUCACGAGGGAGGACCUCCGCUUCGGCGAGGAGAUAGCCCGCUGCCCUAGCUGCUCCCUCUUCAUCACCGUCAUCUACAACCCCGAGGAUUUCGCCGAUCCCAAGAAGAGCCAACCGGAGCCCUCCAAGCCUCAGCCUGUGGUCGUCGCUUGAGAUGAAUCGGUUCGAGUCGGAUCCCAGGAAGGAAAAAAUGUGAUGGGGCAGUGCAAACAUAGUGACAAUUGGAUGGAUUUUGGACCACGAGGAUGAGAUCAAGUUUUUUUUCUUUUUGUCCUUUUUGAAAUUUUAAAGGGGAUCUAAUGCCUUUUAUACUACAACCUAUAUUUUCAUUUCAAACAUAUUAUUGAAGGAGACUCAGUAUGUAGAUAUACCUCUAUGAAGUUUUGGAAGUAUUUGUAAGAGUUAAUAAUACCCUUUUUUUGUUGAGUUGAUGA